GGGGUGCACUAUAUAAAGGGCGUUGUUAGAUAGCUGAAAAACAUCAGUUGUUCCAUCUUAUCCAACAUCUAAACAGCUCUAAACAUGAAGAUCGCCAUCCUUGCCGUUGUGUUCGCAGUUGCUGCAGCCCAAUCUUAUUCAGAGCCGGCGUACAAAGCUGCUGAAUCUCAACCUCUAAUGCCCUACAGCUUCGCUUGGGACGUCAAGGAUGACACUUCCUACAAUAACUAUGCCCACUCUGAAAACAGCGAUGGCAAUGCAGUCACCGGAUCUUACCGAGUCCUCUUACCCGAUGGCCGCACGCAAAUUGUGAACUAUAGGGCUGACAGCAAUGGAUACGUGGCUGAUGUCAAAUACGAAGGCGAGGCCAAGUAUUCCGACUAUAAAGCACCGGCUUACAAAUCUCCCGCUCAGCCGGCCUACCAGGCUCCUUCAGCUCCCGCACCACCAGCCUAUCAGCCAUCUUCAGCUCCCGCUCCACCAGCCUAUCAGCCAUCUUCAGCUCCUGCUCCACCAGCUUAUCAGGCUCCUUCAACUCCCGCUUACAGAGCACCAUCAUCUACUCCCGCUCCAGCAUACAGACCACCAACUACUCCUUCAGCGCCAGCUUACAGGGCAUCAGCCACUCCUGCUGCUCCGGCUUACAGGGCACCAGCUACCCCUUCGACUCCAGCAUACAGGGCUCCAUCACCUCCUCCUGCUCCUUCAGCUCCAGCUUAUAGGGCACCAGCUACUUCUACUUAUCCAGCACCACCUACACCCGCUGCUCCUGCUUACAGACCAUCAGUAGCUCCAUCCACUCCGGCUUACAGGGCACCAGCCACGCCCGUCUACGGGGCUCCUGCUCCUUCUUCAAACUAUCGAACUCAACCAGUUCCUCUAGCCUACAGAGGCUAAUUGUUUAGUCAUCUCGCGUUUCAUUUCAUUUUUUUUUUUUAAAUUCUAGCAGAGGAUUAACUUUGGUACUUUUGAUUGUCACUUCUAUACCACAUGAAAAUGUUUUGUAAUACAGGAUGUUCUUACAUUUCA